AUUCUCUCCGCCAUUUUUGUCCGCUUCUCUCUCUGUGGGGCGCACAGAAGAAAUGCAGAGGUGCCCGAAGAAGAGAGCAGCGCAGUACCCUCUGAUUGCCCUCGUCUUCUUCGCUUUCAUAGCCUUCUUCUCCAUCUCCUUUAAUGGACGCCACAUUCAAGAUUUCCGCCACACCGAUCGCACAUCUCCAUCUGAUGAAGACCCUUUUCUCUUGACCCAGAAGAAUAUGACCCCGACCCCCACUCAGUUUAGUACAGCUAGGGAAUUGGAUAAGUCCAGUAGAUGCCUCAAAACGGUAGAGUAUAGUGGUAGGAGACCGCAUUGGGCUAAUGGCAUUCCAGAAUUUGGCAGCGAUCGAAGAGAAAUGCCAGAGAGGUGUGACAUCUUUUCUGGCGAGUGGAUCUUGGAUAACACUUCACGACCUCUUUACAAUGAGUCCGAUUGCCCUUACAUGUCUGACCAAUUGGCUUGCCAAAAGCAUGGAAGGAUUGAUAAGGCCUACCAGUACUGGAGAUGGCAACCCGAUGACUGCAAUUUGAAGAGAUGGAAUGCGACUGAAAUGUGGGAGAAAUUGAGGGGUAAAAGGCUAAUGUUUGUUGGGGAUUCGUUGAAUAGAAACCAAUGGAUGUCAAUGGUCUGUAUGUUGCAAUCUGUCAUUCCCCCUCAUAAACGAUACAUGUCACCUCAGCAACAUCUUUCAAUCUUUAGAACUGAGGAGUAUAAUGCUAGUGUGGAGUUUUUAUGGUCACCGCUUCUGGUAGAAUCAAACUCAGAUCAUCCAGUUGAUCAUCGAUUGGCGGAACGAAUACUCCGUCCAGAUUCACUUCUCAGGCAUUCGUCCCACUGGGUAAAUGCUGACAUUUUAGUCUUCAAUUCUUACCUCUGGUGGAGACAAGGCCCCGUUAAGCUUUUAUGGAGCAAUGACAAAAAGGGAAUUUGUGAAGAAAUAGAUGGACUGGGUGGGAUGGAGCUGGCCAUGAGAGCAUGGGCAAAUUCGAUAGCAUCUCACAUUGACCCUUUGAAGAAAGUUUUUUUUGUUACCAUGUCUCCUACUCAUAACUCGAAGGCAGAAUGGGAACCAGGAAGUGAAGGAAACUGUUAUGAUGAGAAACUCCCAAUUGAAAACAGAGACUACCGGGGGAAUGACUCUGAUGUCUCGACAAUGCAGAUGGUGAGAAAGGUAUUGGACAAUUUAGGCUCAAAAGUUUCUGUUCUCAACAUCACUAAGCUUUCAGAACGUAGGAAAGAUGGGCAUCCAACCAUUUACAGAAAGUUCUGGGAGACGUUGAGUCCUGAGACGUUAGCGGAUCCUGCAAGUUACUCAGAUUGUAUACACUGGUGCCUGCCUGGUGUCCCGGAUGUUUGGAAUGAACUAUUGUUUCACCUUUUGUAAACUGAGGAAUGUCUUGUAAGUAAUUUUUUGCAGCUGGUGAAGUGUAAAGUUUUGAGCCUAGGCACAAUUGCACAUCUCCGAGCGUGGCUGCUUAUAUGAAUUUUACAGUUACCACUUUGUAAAAUGCUGUUUUUCAUGUUCCUAAGCGUUUGCAAAUAUACUGAAAUGCUAAUGGGAACAACAUCACUGAAAUACGUGUUCUUGUAUCUAGCAAGAAUUCUCUAUCAUCUAAACAUCCCCGCCUAUUCAUCCCUGAUUCCUGAAGCAAUAAUACAUACUAGUACAUAACUAUGGAGGACUUCUUUUUAAUACUAAUGUCUUUUUGAAAACCAU